GUCGAUUGCUUCAUCUCAUUCUUGCCAUCAAUCCCUCUCGUCAGACUUGAUACUCAAGUUCUUUCAGUGGAGGUCAUGAUAUUCGACGCUUGAAUCAGUCUGUAAGGCGAAUCCAAAGAUCACACGGCCAUGCUCGAUUCCUGUCAUGUCGGCCGAUCUCUUUGCCGCGUUUGCAGACCAAAUCACUACGAAGUCUGCUGAUGUGCCUGUUCAAGGAGAAACCCAGGCUUCAGCAUCCACCUCGCCUGCGAAAUUAAGGCUAGAGGAGCAGGGAUUCCUCCCAGAAGAACGACAGAUAUCCGCCAUCGCAUCGCCACUAUGGAAGAAGGACACUCACGGGAGUGAUGUCCUUUUUGAUGCUGAAGACGCCCAGCACGAGGAUGACUUUGGAGAGUUUGAAGACGUUACAAGCGUCGCGGUGGUCCCGCAGGGGCACUCUCCUGCGGCUGUCUGUGCACUCCCGGAUGCGAAUCAUACAGUCGAAAGGCACUCACUAAAUGGUCCACUAGCUAAUCUAGACCUCUUGAGCCUUGCAGACGAACAAGGCGAGGCACAAUGGAAGGAUGCAAACGCAACUCAUGAUACGGAAUGCCCGCGUACAUGGCCGGGCGUCAAGCCUGUGACCACUGAAGAGGAGGACUGGGGUGAGUUUGAAAAUGUUCAAGCACAAGCGGAAUCAUCGCAAUUGUCAGGGGCAGAUAUUCAAGGAGCUCGCAAGGCGAUUCAACGUGAUCAGAGGAGCUUGACUGUUAAUCCGGCCCAAGUUGGUGCAUCCUGCGGUUCCUCCAACAACUUGGAGACGACUUACAAUGCCACACAGAAGGAUUAUGACGAGUCCGCAGACGACUGGGAUGUCUUUGAGGAUGGCACACCUAGUGCUGCAUCGGCUAUAGCACCGGGAGUCUCUUCCUCGAUCAAGGGAAUCGGCGAACAAGAAUCAACCCAAGCUCAGGCCACUCACCAACGGACUGCCCGGCCCAGCAAUACAGAACGGCCCACAAAUAUCCCUCCACCAGUCAUGCUUCUACAAAUGUUGUGCUCUACAUUUGACCACAUUCAUUCGAUCCAUAUGAAUGGGUCAGAGUCCAAGGAGACAGUCGCUUGUAGGAUCCUUACAGCCGUGCGCGUUGCAAACCGCAUCAUCGCUGGGCGAACACAUCGAUGGAAGCGAGAUACGAUCCUUGCUCAGAAUAUGAGAAUCGGCCAGGCGGGAAAGAGUGGCGGCAUGAAGCUAGCAACCGUCAAUAAAGGUGAGAGUGUGCGGGAGCAGAGGGAAGUCGCGGAAUUGACGUCGCAGUGGUCGAAAUAUACCCAUGAAUUCCAGAGCGUGAUUGCGCAAGCCCACAAGAGUGCCAACAGGCUGAAGCUGAAUGCAGCUCCGACUCUUCAUGUGAUCUCUGGACAGGACCGGUCGAAACAGUGCGCGUUGUGUGGAUUAAAGCGGAGCGAGAGGAUCACAGAUGUUGAUGUUGACAUGCAGGAUUUAUUUGAUGAAUUUUGGAUCGAGCACUGGGGCCACCAAGACUGCAGCGAGAUUUGGUAUACGUACAAACACGUGCUUGACCAGAGGUGAUUGUGUCAUGUACAUACCUAAGAUCCAAUAGGACCGACGUCCCUGGCCAUUUGAAGGUCACGUUAAAGGCCCGAAGGCCCAGCACGUGGCCGAUAUGGGAUUGCCCCAGCGGCCCGUUUGCCUCGAGUCAGGGCAUUUCCGCUUAGAGCAAAUAUCACCAUGCUGUAUUGUCAGUCACGAGCAUGACAGACCUUUGUUGAUACAUCAUUAUCGUCCAGCAGAAAUCGAAGGAAGCCUCAUCUCACACUCAAUAGAAGGAUAAUCCGUGUCGCACAAUCGCAGCUGUCUCAGAGACAUCUGCGAGAUAUUAGGCGCCUGGUGAUGCCAAUUGUCAA